UGUGGACAUCAAACAUGGACGGUAUCCAGACCAUUCUGAAAUUCCUUAUUAAUCGGAAAACUGCCAUUGGUUACAGUUUUAUGGCUCUACUGACAGUGGGAAGCGAACGUUUAUUUUCUCUUGUUGCUUUCAAGUGUCCCUGCAGCAAUGAAAACUUCAUCUAUGGUUUGGUAUUUCUCUUUGCCCCAGCCUGGGUAUUGCUAGUUAUUGGGUAUUUCAUGAAUAGCAGGAUGUGGAAACUUUUCACAGGCUGCUGUCUGAAUCCCAGGAAAAUAUUCCCCAAAGGGAACAGCUGCAGUUUCUUUUAUGUCUUUGGACAAAUCACCUUAAAUGUUCUGAUAGCUCCUGUGAUGUGGCUUUCUGUGGCUUUGCUCAAUGGAACUUUUUAUGAAUGUGCCAUGAGUGGUUUGAAAUAUCCAGGGUACUUAAACACGCUCUGCAAUAACAAAUCUGUCAGGUGCUGGGAAGAGCUGAACAAAGUAGCUUGUGGCAAAACCACCAUGUCCUCUUCAGAGAGUGAGGAAUUAAAACUGACACUUCAAGCACAGUCUCAGGUUCUAGGAUGGUGCAUCAUAGUCACUACAGCUCUUUUGUCUCUGUUAACCACCUGUUGUGCCAGGUGUCAAUCUAAAAUCAGCCACCUUCAAAUGAAGUUCUGGAGGAUCUACAUAGAGAAGGAGAGAGAACAACUGGAACAACUUUUCCAGCUAUAUGCUACCAAACUCAGUGAACGAAACCUGACGAGCUUUUUUGAGAACGAAGAACCGGAUGCCUUUCCCAUGCCAACCUUCCGGGCCUGGGAAGACGCUUCUCAACUCUACUCUUUCAACAGCAGUGAGCAGCACUACAGCACCCUUCAUAGACUGGUUGAAGAUGGCAAGAAAGACAUCAGUGAGGAAAGAGAGACAAUGCUGGACUUUGUAGAUGGGCGGGAAAUAGUAUAGCUAAUAGCCAUGUUCAGCCUUUUUAAAUAUUUUGCUAAUGUGAUUUAAUUUUAACAGUUUUAAUCUUUAUAUUUUGCUGAUAGUGGCCUCUCUUUCUCCAUUCUUUAUUUCUCUCCCAACCAGUGGCAUGCCAUCUAUGAGUGCAACACACACAUUGCAUGCCCAACCGGCUGUGCGCCAUUCAACUGGCAGCCCAAAUCCAACCUGUGGGAUGAUUCCGGUCCAGCCCCAAAAUGGCAUCCUCUGCACAGCGUGACCUUG